GCCCCCUCCCCCGCCCCGCCCCCUCCCCUCGUGUGGGGGGCUCGUGUCGCCAUUUCCGGUAACAUGGCGACGUCCAGGGGCAGGAGUAGCCACGUGUGGCUCGGGACAGAGACCGGCAUCCUCAAAGGAGUGGAUUUGUCGAAGAAAUGUGCCACAAAUCACACGGAUAUCAGCACCCUGAGCCGCGACCAGGAGAUCUGCUGCCUGUGCUGGGGGGACGAUGAUGAGCGACAGGUGGUGCUUGGCUGCAGGAACGGCACGGUGAAGACGUUCGACUCUGAGAGCGCCACGUUUGUGAGCGAGCGAGACUGCUCUGGUGGAGAUGGGCCCUUCAGUGGCAUUGCGUUGUGGGACAGUGCCCUGGUCACCUGCAGGCGGUCAGGACUGCUAAAGGUGUGGAAAGAAGACGAAUCUGAGAAUGUAGAAGUGAACGUUGGUGCGGAAGUGUGGCGCAUGCGUGCGAGGGCAGACAAGCGGCACGUGGUGGCCACGGGAGGCAGGGAGAACGACCUGAAGAUCUGGGACCUCCAGCGGCCCGAGGAGCCCAUCUUCCGGGCCAAGAACGUAAGGAAUGAUUGGUUGGACCUGCGGGUGGCUGUAUGGAUCCGGGACCUGCAAUUCAUGCCUGGCACAGAAAAACUGGUGACCUGCACUGCGCACCAUCAGGUGCGCAUCUACGAUCCCAGUUGUCCGCAAAGGAGACCCGUCUUUGAGACAACCUUCGAUGAGUACCCACUGACUGCAGUCUCGAUCAUGUCCAGUCAAAACCAAGUAGUGAUCGGGAACACACAUGGCAGCAUGGCCAUCAUUGACCUUCGCAAGAGUAAAGGAUCCGUGUCAGGUGCCCUGAAGGGUCAGGCGGGCAGUGUGACCUGCAUUCAGUGCCACCCCUCCCUCCCGCUCGUCGCCUCUUGCGGAUUGGACCGAUACCUGCGGAUUCACAACCUGGACACACGGAAGAUGUACCAAAAGGUGUACCUCAAGUCAAGACUGAACUGUCUUCUUUUCACAAGCAAAGAUUAUUUGGAGCAGGAGGCCGAGGAAGAGCAGACGGCCUUGCCCAAAGAAGAUGCUACAAAUGAAGAUGAUCUGUGGGCCACCAUGGAAGAGAUUGUGGAAUGCAAGGCUUCCAAGAAGACAAACACCAAGAGCACCACCGUGUUAACCAAGAAACACAAACUGUCCGUCAAAAAAGCCAUGCCAACUGUGAGCAAGAAAAACAGGGCAGCAAACUGAACCGGUGAUCGUGUUAACGGCCUCUCAUCUCACUUAAUGCAGGAAAAUAUUUUCUCAUUUUUAUUAUUCAUCUGCUCCAACCUACAAGAUAAAAAAAUGUCCACCACACAUUACCGGCCGCUAUGUUAUGUUUCACAUGUGCAUAGUUUAAAAUAUAUAGAUGCAGUUUGG